AUGGACCCUGAGGUUUUUACCCUCAGCAUGGGCAGCGGGAGAAGAGGAGAGCCCGCUGUUUGCCCAAAGACCCUGGUCCCAUGGACCAAAGACUUCAGAAAAGGCAGGCAUCCUGAGGCCGUCCCCACUGCUGCUGAAGGCUUGCCCAUGGUAACGGACAUUAAAGAAAAGCUAAAGCUCUCUAAAAAGUUCUGGUCAACAUUACCCUACACAAUCUGCAAGGAUGAGCGAGUGACAGCCGGUCCGUCAAUGGAGGAGGACUGCUGGAACGGCCACACCAAGGCGAGGUACUUGCCUGAGAUUAUGAACGAUGGCUUGACCAACCAGAUCAACAAUCCAGAAGUAGAUGUGGACAUCACAAGGCCAGACACCUUCAUUCGACAACAAAUCAUGGCCUUACGUGUCAUGACUAACAAACUGAAGAACGCAUAUAAUGGAAAUGAUGUCAACUUCCAGGAUACAAGUGACGAAAGCAGCGGCUCGGGCAGCGGAAGCGGCUGUACGGACGACAUCUGUCCCACCGAGUUCGAUUUCGUCACCACCGAAGCACCACCGGUCGACUCCGACAGGAGGGAGGUGGAGGCUUCAGCCACGCAGCCUGGCCGGUCACUGCAGACGUUGCUCGUCGUCUUCAUCAGUCUCAUACUGCAGAGACAGUGGAGAUAA